UGAUUCCACGUGCCAAAGUUAAAAUAAAAUUUGUAUUUCCUUGAAUUUAAUUUAUCAAAAAUUAUUUAAUAUAUUAUUUACAUUUCAUUAGUAAAGCUAUGGUAAAAGCAAAGAAAAACAAAAAGACACUAGCGGAUCAAGUAUACUCGAAAAAAACCGAUGGGGCGAAAACAGCAAACCCUUUUGCAACAGCAAUACCUGCAACAUCGAAUCGUCUAAAUCCAUUCGAGGUCCAUGUAAACAAAGAAAAGUUUCAAAUUCUGGGACGCACUUGCAGACAUGAUAAAGGUUUGCCUGGUGUAUCACGCGCAAAAGCCGUUAGAAAGCGCAAAGACACACUUGCGGUUGAAUAUCAAAAUAAACACAAAACUAACAAAUUUCGUGACCGAAGAAUAGGCAGAUUUCAAAACAGUAAUCAACUGAGUGAAGACGUUAUAAAUGCACGGUUUGUGGCAGCAAAAGUAGAGCAGUUAAAACAAAAUAAAGCAUCUAGGUAUAAUUUAAAUGACGAUGAUAUUUUGACACAUCGAGGUCAAACACUGGAGGAGAUCGAACAUUUCCGUGACGAACGUUCUGAUGAUGACGAUUUGGAGGAUGAUAAAUUAAAUGCCGAGUUCACGGAAACUGCUAAUUUCGGCGGAAACCCCGAAUUGUCAAAAGAUCGGCAGUCGGCGAUAGAAGACAUGAUAGCAGAACAAAAACGGAGAAAAAUAGAAAUAGCUAAAGAAAAGGACGAAAUAUAUAGUUUAACAGAAAAGUUAGACUCAAAUUAUAAAGAGCUACUCGGAUUGGUAGAUAAAUUAUCCAAAAAAGAGGUUCUAAAAAAGUCCAAACCUGAUGAUUACGAUAAAGCUUUGAAGGAAAUGAUUUUUGAACCUAGGGGUGUAGUUUCUGAUAAACUUUUGUCCGAAGAGGAUUUAGCUAAGCAGGAAAAAGAGAGAUUGGAAGAAUUGGAAAGAGAACGACUAAAAAGAAUGCAUGUAGACGGAGAAAAAGUCGAUGUUAAUACCAUGCAAACUGAACAUCGUUCAGCCGAUGCACUAGAUGAUGGCUAUUACGGUUAUUCCAUUGAAGACGAAUUUGAGACGCUUGCAUAUACUCUAAAUGGUGAGCUGGGAACAAAAUUUAUGGAAAAUGUUUCCAAGGAAUUGGAGGAAGAAUCGAUCGAACUCGAAAGUGAAGAGGAAAAAAGUUAUGAAGAUCAAGAAGAGGAAUCAGAAUACGAAAAUGGCAUCGAUAAAGGAGUUGACGACGAUAAUUUGAGUGACUUGAAAGUAACUGACUCCGAAUCUGAAACAGAAGAUCUUGAAAGAAGUGUGCAUUCAAAAAAAAACAUAUAUAUUAAAGCUGCUGGAAGUAAAAACGAAAAUAUAUCGAAUCCAUACAUUAAUGAUGAUUUACCAUAUAUGAUAGAUAUUCCCGAUAAUUACGACGGAUUCAAUAAAUUGUUGUAUAAGCGUAAACCAGAAGAUCAAGGUAUCAUUAUUGACCGCCUUAUAAAAUGUAAUAAUCCAAAGCUAGAUGGCAUAAACAAUAAGGAUAAAAUGAUCAAAUUGUUCGAUUUUCUUUUGCAGUAUGUAAAUGAAUUAUUUACUGACGCUACUCAAGACGACAUACAAAGACAAUUUAAAAUAUUAGAUAUUCUCAAUCCUCACAUGUACGAUCUAAUCCAAAUGAUACCAGAUAAAUUGUCAAAUACUUUGUUGGACGUUAUCAAAGAAAAAUACAAUGAUUAUCUAAAAAAUAUUAAAUUGUUUCCUCCACUAGAAGCGCUUAUAUUUUUAAAGCUUGUAUCGAAUUUCUGCAGUACGUCAGACUUUCGUCACGCAGUAGUUACGCCCUGUUAUAUUUUUAUACAACAUGUCUUGUCGAAGGCGCGGCUAAGGACGAGGCAGGAGAUAGCAGGUGGCUUGUUUCUGGUAACAAUUUGUUUUGAAUUCUCUCGAUUGUCAAAACGUUUUUUGCCAGCAGUAUUGAAUUUUUUACACGGCAUUGUAUAUUUGAGUAUACCCAAGCGACCUAUCGAAAUGUUAAGAAUUGUGCCACCAUUUCAAAGCACAGGACCGAUGAGCAAACUACUGGCUAUUGCUGAAAUUGAAGAAAAAGAAACAUUAAAUGAGGAGUUAUUAAAAUCAGACGAUUUAGUUUUGACUACAUAUUCCAUUGACUUUAAAAUUCGUGCUUUGAAUAUAGCACUGAAACUGAUAAAAGACAUUAUUUCCAAUCUUGAAGAGAGUAUUGGUUCGAACUAUUUUGCAAUACCCUUUUUGGAGUUAUUUGAACGCAUACCUUUGGAUAUCUAUCCGGAAUUCGUGCACACUAAUUUCAAAGCUGCCAAAUCGGUAUUAGAAAACGUUUCAAUUAAAAAAUUAACAAAAAUUGUACCGCCUGAAAAGAAACCUAAGGCGCUACGACUUCUUGAGCCACGAAUUGAAAUAAUUUACGAUGACAAACGUCGACCACGAUUAACGAAAGAUAAGGAGGAAAGAGUCAAAUUGAUACAUAAAUUACGUCGAGAAACUAAAGGUGCGAUUAGAGAAAUACGAAGAGACACUGAAUUCUUACAAAAGAUGCGUAUAGAACAACAAAUUCAAAGUGAUUUGGAGCGCAAAGAAAAGGUAAAACGUAUUUAUCAAGAAGCUUCGAUUCAACAAGGUGAACUUAAUGAGCUAGAUCGUAUUAAGAAGAAAAAGAAAUUCUAGAGAUUCUAAAUUUAAUUGUAAUGAGAGACUAUUUGUUAUUUAUUGUAUUUAAUUUUAUAAUUGAGUUACGAUUUAUUUGAAGUCACAAUUAAUGCAGAAUAAGCGAAUAAAAAAUUAGUUUUUUUAUUUAAUAUCCAAUGUAAGGAAAAAUCAAAAAGCGCAACUUCGAAAAUGAAAUUUAUUAAAAGAAAUUCAAGAAGAUUUAUAUAAUGAAGGAA